AUGGUGAUUCUCUCCGUGAUCUGGACUUGGAUCUGCAAUAUCGCUUGGCCCUUUGGAACUCGGCCAGAAGACUCCCAGGAGAAUCCCAAUACUCAACCGCUUCAAACCGAUCGAGAGCAGCAUAAUCCUCGACCUCGACCCGAUGGAGACCGACUGACCGAACCCGCAAAUAUUGACUAUACUAAACCUUCCCAAUCUUCUCAUGACCCUUACCUUGGUCUCCCAGUAAUUGCGACCGGCAUGACUGGGGUGAUUCUGGACUUAGGAAACGGCCAUGCAGAAUACAUGAACGAAAUCAACCGAAAAACACUAGAAAUUGAGAUCCAAAUCUAUCAACGUCUGGGCAGUUAUGAAGGGAUAAUAUGCUUUCAUAUCUCUCCGGAUGGGAUUGAGCUACCCCGUGCACAAGAAGACCUGGAGAAUUAUUUAGCAUCCCAUCCGGAGCCUGAGGAAACGUUCAAAAUUACAUGGAUAUUGAGUCUCAUCGGGACUUUUUCAUAUAUUCAUUCUCAUAAGGUGUUUGUGGAUGAUAUUGCUCUUCAUAAUAUCUUGGCUUUUGAUGACCAGCUGAAGAUCACAGAUUUCGACCAGUCUAUUCUCCUUCCUCUUGAUACUGAUAUCACUUCUGUUAAUGAGAAUGAUCUAACUGUUCAGAUCGAAAUCUUGCAUCUUGGUUGGAUUAUGUACUCGAUUGCUUCCUGGCAGGCGCAUAAGUAUUAUUUCUUUAGCCCGGAAAACCCUAAUUUCCGUUGGCCGACUUCAUUUCCAGAUGUUGAUCAUAUUCUCUGCGGAAGGAUCAUCAAAAAGUGUUGGCGUGGUGAAUAUGCGAGUAUGGAUCAUGUGCAAGAUGAGGCCCUGGAAUUUCUCACUUGUCACUAG